GUACAAGUAAAGAUAUGCAGACCAGUUAAGAUGGCAGACGUGCGCUUGUUAAUGAUAACUCAUUUGUCGUGUUAAAUUAUUAAACCGAGUUCUAUUGAUAUUCUAAUAUUUUUCUGAGUGACGUAGUUUAAAUUUAAUGAUUUCAAAUAUUAAUAAUUUAUAUCAACAUUUAAGCGGAAUUAAAGAGGCGUAAAGUGACCAUGGUCCAUUAUCGUUGGAAGUCCAUAUUUUCGGUGAUUUUGGCCGUAUUCUUGAUGGGUCGACCAGCGAAAACCGCCAACGUCCUAGCCGUAUUUCCUUACAAUGCCCACAGUCAUUUUACCAUGGCCGCUCCGAUUAUCGAAGCGUUAACCGACCGUGGCCAUCGAGUGACAGUGAUCAGCCCGUUCCCGCGACGCAACCCGCAACCGAAUUACAUCGACAUCGAUAUAUCGGACGUGCUGCCACCAGUUAUCAGUCAAAUGAACGUCACGGAAGAUUGGACGGAUCCGGUUACCGGGUUGAAGAACUUGUGCCACAUGAACUACAUGGUGUGCGAGACUGCGUUUGCCCAUCCAAAAGUGUUGGAGUUAAUCAAAAGUCCUUCAAAAGGAGUUUUCGACGCGGUCUUUACUGAGGUAUUCUCCUCGGAUUGUUUUGCUGCAUUUGCGCACAAGUUCGGGGCACCGUUGAUUUCGAUACGCGCCGCCGAAGCGUCACCUCAUGUCAACGAACGAGCGGCCAACCCACAGAAUCCGGCUUAUCUCAUAAACCAUUUACUUACUUUUUGGCCGCCAUUGACGUUUUUUGAACGUUUGGUCAACGCUGCGGCCACUUAUCUUGGAGCGUUUGGAUUCCACGUGUUUUCCGACGGACCGUCAACUGAACUGGUCCGCCGGUACUUCGGAGUCGACACGCCACCGGUGUCGGAAAUCGUCAAACACACUUCUCUCAUACUAGUCAACAGCCAUCAUUCGCUCUUGCAGCCAAGGCCCUUUGUACCGAAUGUUGUUGAAGUCGGAGGAGUGCACAUUAGAGACACGUCUAAUACAACUAACGAAUGGACAGAGUACUGUGAUCAGUGUAGCCAAGGUGUAGUGUAUGUAUCAUUCGGUUCUUUACUGAAAGGCAAUUCUUUUCCGGAAAAUGUUAAAAAUUCAUUUGUAAAAGCUUUUGAUAAGCUUCCAUACUGCGUUCUUUGGAAGUACGAAGGUGAUGAUAUCAAUUCAGAACGCAUAAAUAGGUCUAAAUGGAUGCCUCAGCAAAGUAUUCUCAGUCAUAAAAAUGUAAAAGUAUUCAUAACUCACGGUGGCCUGAUGGGAGUCAUGGAAGCUGUUCACUUUGGAGUUCCGAUGAUUGGUAUUCCUGUGUUUGGUGAUCAACCAGCUAACAUUGCUAAAUGCAUUGAAAAAGGUGUUGCUAUUGGAUUGGACUAUCACAAAAUUAAUGAACAUUUGUUAAUUGACAGCAUUCAAACAAUUAUUAAAGACAAAAAAUACCAAUUAAAUUCCAAAGAAUUGUCAAACAGAUUUCGAGAUAGGCCAACAAAUCCUCUAGACACAGCUAUAUAUUGGACAGAGUACAUUCUUAAACAUAACCAACCAGUUAAAACAAUUUCUCCGGCUGCAAGCAUGACAUAUUACCAAGUGUAUCAACUAGAUAUAGUCUUAUUAAUUUCAAUGACCUUUAUAUUGUUAAUAUACUUUAUGUUUAAAAUUAAGACGAUAUUUAAAAAAUUGAUAAAAUUAUGAGUAAAAUUUAAGCUAUAUUUGUGAUAAAUUGAAAUUAUUUUAUUAUACGUAUUAUUUUUUAUGUAAAAAAAGUAGUCUUAUUAAAAUCUAUAUUUUAA